CUAUUCAUAUACGUAUUCCACGUUCAAAGAAGAACAAGAAGACAAAGUAGUUCCAGAAAAAACAAUAAAUAUCAUUUAAAGCUGUUUUAUGCUCAACACAUAUACAUUCGCUAGUAAACAAUCAUGUGAAUAAAAAAGCCCAAAAGAAAGAAAAACUCUCAGGCAGAGCCCAAAAGUUCGGCGGAAUUAAAAUCGGCACCGGCACCAGAAUUCUCUUCUCUGUUGGGAUUCUUCAAGUUUUCCUUGCAUCUCCAUCUCAGUGUUCAAAGGAACAAAAGAAAGAAUUAGCAUGAAGCUAGAGGAAAGCCCAUCCUUCUUCAAGGUCUUGAUAAUGGACUUCAACCACCAGCUCUGCAUACCGCCCGAUUUCUCGCGAGAACACGAACGAGUCCUUGUCGCGAGCACGCGGACGACACUGAGGGUAAGUUCGGGGGCUACUUGGGACGUGAAGGUGGAAAAAAUGGGGGACGGUAAUUAUAAAUUUACCGAGGGUUGGGGUGAAUUUGCUAGGGACGUCGGGUUGCAACUCGGGGAAUUUAUGGCGUUUUGGCUCGUUGGGAAAUCGCUGUUCGAUGUAGCAAUUUUUUCAGUCAGCGGUUGUGACAGAGAAUUUCCUCUCCUAGAUGACGAAUUUGCAGAUGAUGAUCCGGUUGAUGGAGAUACAAAACUCCGGCGCCGGCGCAAUACUUUCUUCAAGAUUCUGUUCGGCGAUGAUUUCACCCGACGACUCAGAAUCCCACCAGAAUUCGCGCGAAAUCGAGCUGGGCCUCUGCUUGGGAAGGCCAAGCUCGAAAUCUCCGGCGGGACCACUUGGGCCGUGAAUCUGGAGAAAAUGGAGGACGGUAAUAUUUGGUUUUGCAAGGGCUGGACUGAAUUUAUUGAGGAUAUGGAGCUGAAAUUGUUUGAUUUCCUUAUUUUCAUAUGGUGUUCCGAGAAAUCGACCUUCCAAGUCAGCGGCUAUGGGAAAAACGCCUGCGCGAAGGGAACCUUUCAAGGCUCUGCACGACUUGAAAAUGAUCUGGAGGAAGAGGCCUACUCAUGUAGUGACGGUGAGGAUGAGGCCAAAUCUGGCAGCUCUAAUCCUCGCUUUAAGAUAAUCAUGAAACCCCAGCAUGUAUAUAGACUGCAUGUCCCCAAGGAUUUUCUGUUGGCCGCUGGUCUGAUAGGAAAGAAGAGAGUGUGUUUGGACUAUGAAGGAGGUCAUCCUGUUUGUGUUGAGCUGAAGUCAAGACGGCGUAUUGGGUUCGUGGAAAUGGUCAACGGCUGGCCCAAGUUUCAGACAUCUAACAACCUAGUCCUUGGGAAGUCCUACACGUUUGAGUUCAUUCCAAGUAAGAUGAUUAUUCAGGUUCAUGGGGAAAACAAAUCUUCUGAUGAUGUUGAUAACAGUGAUGCUGAUGAGACUAAAUACCCAAUACACGAUAAAGAAAGGAAGGGCAAAGGCAGAAAUCAAGAAAUCGUGAAAAAAAGGAACGGCAAAGCUAAAAGUCAAGAAAACAUGGAGGGUCAUCACUCGAAGAAUUGUGAUCGUCUGAAAGAAGAAAGACCCAAUUUCGAUGGAUCAAGUUCUGACAUAAAGGAAACGUGGGAUGCGUAUCAGAAAGCAGAGGAUUUCGUCUCCCGCCGCACUAAAAAAAACCCGUUUUUUAUUUCUUUGAUGCACACAUCCCAUGUCGGAGACAACCACGGCUUGAAUGUACCAUUUCCAUUUGGUAGACGGAAUUUGCCACAUUUGAGCGUUUCGUCGAUAGUUUUGGUCACGAAUGGGAAAGAAUGGCUCGUGAAAUGCCGCAAGGGAAAACGCCGUGCAGCGUUGUUGACAGCUGGAUGGAGGAAAUUCGUGCAGGAUAAUGGGAUUAAGCUUGGUGAUGCUUGCGUAUUUGAAGUGGCAGAUAGAAUAGAUAGUAAGGGCAAUGACCUAGUGUGGGAUGUCUUUAUUUUUCGCAACUGAUAAGGCAGUCGGGCCGCGUAGUUUAAGCUGUCAUCUGGUUCUGAAUUGAAUCAACUUCUGAUUUUACAGUAUGUUUAUGUAACUUUGGGGAUAUGUAAGGUUUUAGUUGUGUGGCUACAAAUCAUUUUGACCUAAUAAACUUGUUUUGGUGGCAUUUGACAUUUGGGGCUUUGGUUUUUGCUGAAUGCUAUCUAAAGUGUGUGUUAGUGUUAUCCCAAUUUGUAUUGGUAUUUAAAAUUGUAUCGUCAAACUUAUCAUUUUA